CUUCAUCGUUCCAUCAUUCAAGUAAGAAUACAAUUUUGCUUCGAGUCUUCAAAUCACCAUCUUCAGAUUUCAUUGCUUGAGAAUCAUGUUAGGACUGGGCCGCAGAAGUGCUGAAGAUAAACGGAGAAAGUCCAGGUCUGGCUGCUCAUCUUGUAAAGCCCGACGUAUCAAAUGUGAUGAAACACAACCCGAAUGUCAGCAGUGCACUCGGAGCCACGAUGAAUGUCCUGGCUACUCAUUGCCUUACAAGUGGUCUUCUAAGCAUGAGAAGUACCCCGGUGGUGACCUGGACAUCCAGAGUGGCAGAAAAAGACGUCAACCGAGACUUCAUCAGAGUCUGAGACAGUUGACAGGAAGUCAGCUCUCCGAUAUUGACUUGCACAACGAUGAGAUGAUGCCACUCACCAACAUGUCAUUACAAAGCCAGCAUCGCGAAAAUGCGCCAUUCUCAGGAAAGGAAAUUGCAAGCAUGCUUUUCAUUGACGCCUUGCUCGAGCCUGACGCUGAAGCAUAUCCAACGCCUUCGUAUCAAGCGGUUCUGGAAAAAGUUCAUUGCAACCCCAAGCUAUGGGGUGAUAAUCUGAUUUCAGACUCAAGCCUUAUCGCAACAUAUUUCUCGCAGACCAUUAUCAAGAAUUUAUGCUCAUACGACUCUACGCGCAAUCCCUUCCGGGCUACCAUCAGUAUCGGGGCAGAUAACUGUCUCUACUCCGUUUUGUGCAGGUAUUUGACCUUGUCCUACCUUACGACUUCCAAACCUACAGAGGCGUCUCAGGUGCAACUCACAGAAAGUCGCAAUGAGUUUCUUCACCGGUUACAUGGCGAAGUCAGCAUUGUUCAUCAAAAUAAACAGACAAAGUGGGAGAAAAUUCUACUAAUAUUCAUCAUGUACGGACUCGCUAGUGGCUGGGAUGGCACUGAUGACGCAGGUCGCCGGUACUAUAACAUUGCUAUCAAUAUGCUCCAACAACGGCCGCACAUGCAUAACUAUAAUCUCCGAUUCUUCAAUGAAAGCCUAGUCUAUUGGUGGAUGGGUUUGUCUCUCACAACGAACACUGAGUCUGAACAUCUGUUGGAGCCGCCUGCAAUUGAUCUGCAGCAAUCCGGGGUCUUCAACAACAAGUGCAUCCCCCAUCCUCUGACAGGUAUUGCCCCCCAGGCACAACUUUUGCUGGGAAAAGUUGGCACACUAUUGUUUACUCAAAGAGUGCUAGCACUCAAAGGAGGUUUCGCAUCCAUAAACAACUUACUUCUAGAACGCCAUGCACUUCACAGUGUUCUGGGGUUGGAACGGGACUUGCGCUCUCUGAAGAUUCUAGAUUCAAUUGUGAUCACUGAAAGAGAGGGCCGAGAAAGUUCUGUGCACGAUCUCAGAUCUAUCGCAGAAUGCUAUAGGCUCUCGGCACUUUUGUUGUUAUAUCGUGGCUUUCCGGAUCUACUACAACGAAUAGUGGCGCAAAGCAACGCGGUGAGCAGAAGUCCGCCGGAGAGCGGAGAUUCUUGGUUACGCUCACUGGCUCUGCAUACACUUGACGUCUUAUCCCGAUGUACUCCAGGAUCACGGACAAGAAGUUCCGAGCAAGUCUUGCUUGUCAUCAUUGCUGGAGAGCUGAGACUCCCGUCAAAUAACGUUUCUGUUACGAAUCUUCAGAGCUUCGACGAUUGCUUUGAACCGUUUCCACUGUUUGCUGGCACUCGUGAGACGGUCCAACUCCAAGAAGUUGUGGAAACUGACAAGUCGCCAUUUUGGAGCCAGUCAUGCAUUCCACAAGUUGCAGAACACCAUUCAGAUCUUACAGCCGUCCCGAACAGCAUUCAAGGCAUCUGUAGCGGAUUGAGAAGCGUUGAUACCGCUGUUCGAGCUGGGAGGAAAACAGUCAUGUCACGCUUAGCUUCUGUACGGGAAAUACUUCCAUGCAAAAGUGUGGAUCGUGUAAAACACCUGAUAGAAGAGAGUUGGCGGCAAAAUGACCAAGGAAUAGACACCUUCUGGAUGGACAUUAUGAUUCAAAGAGGGUGGAAAAUACCUAUGGUUUAG